AUGGAACUUGAAAAAGGUGGAGAAAAUCCAGAUAAUCAAGUUGAGGCCUCAGACAAAAUGAAGAUGGAUAUCGACUACGUCACCGAAUAUGCUAAAGCAAAGAAUAAACCAACUCCUACAAGUGAAGUCCAUGGUGCUAUGAAACAAGAGAUUCUACAGCUAGAGAGAAGAUUACAAGAUCAGUUUGAGGUUAGAUCCACAUUAGAAAAAGCGCUUGGUUACAGAUCUUCAUUACUUGUCAAUUCAAACGAAAAGAUGGUGCCUAAGCCAGCAACAGAAUUGAUUAAAGAAAUUGCGGUGUUAGAGUUGGAAGUUGUGUAUUUAGAACAACAUCUUCUCUCAUUGUACCGAAAAGCUUUCGAUCAAAAAUUACCUCAACCAGCAUUUGUUGAACCUUCUGUGCCUGAGGUCUUAACCAAAAAUGAGAGUUCUACGCUUCAAUAUAAUGGCCAUGAUGAGCUUGAGAAUUUGCCAAAGGAACAUAGUAGAUAUGAAAUGGAGACUUUAGGGAAAGAAAAACAUUUAGAUUCUGGUGUUUAUCGUUGUCAUUCUUCGUUAUCGCAUUGUACAGCAUUUACAAGAGCAUCUCCUACAGAAUUAUCUUUAACCAAAGCUCUGCGCGCCUGUCACUCGCAACCAUUGUCCAUGGUGGAGUAUGUUGAAAGUUCUUCAUCAAAUAUAAUCAGUCUUGCCGAACAUCUCGGUACGCGAAUAUCCGAUCAUAUUCCAAUGGAGCCUAACAAACUUUCUGAGGAUAUGGUCAAAUGCAUAUCAGCUCUAUAUUGCAAGCUUGCAGACCCUCCUAUGAUACAUCCAGGCCUUUCGUCUCCCAUUUCAUCGAUGUCCUCAAUGAGCAACUUCUCUAUCGGCGAUCAAGGUGAUACGUGGAGUCCAAGGUUCAAGAACAAUAACUCCUCUUUUGAUGUAAGGCUAGACAAUCCUUUCCAUGUUGAAGGACUCAAGGAGUUUAGUGGACCAUACAGCACCAUGGUUGAAAUACCAUGGAUUUAUAAAGAGAAUCAGAAAUCGGGUGAUACAAAAAAGUUGCUCCAAAAUUACAAGUCGCUUAUUUCUCAAUUAGAAGAAAUAGAUCCUGGAAAUUUAGAACACGACGAGAAGCUAGCUUUCUGGAUCAACAUACACAAUGCUUUAGUGAUGCAUGCAUUUUUGGCUUAUGGCAUUCCACAAAAUAGUAUGAAAAGAGUCUUUCUUCUUCUAAAGGCUGCAUAUAAUGUUGGAGGUUAUAUAGUUAGCGCAGACACAAUACAAAACACUAUACUUCGGUGUCGAAUGUCUCGCCCCGGACAGUGGCUACGUUUGUUUUUUUCUUCAAAGACGAAAUUCAAAACCGGAGACGGAAGACAAGCAUAUGCACUGACGCAUCUCGAGCCUCUUUCACACUUUGCUCUUUGUUCCGGAAACCAUUCUGAUCCCGCGGUUCGCGUAUAUACACCAAAGAGAGUAUUUCAAGAUCUAGAAGUAGCUAGAGACGAGUACAUUCGAGCUACAUUAGGCGUACGCAAGGACCAAAAAAUACUUCUACCAAAGCUUAUCGAAUCAUUCGCCAAGGACUCAGAUUUAUGUCCUAGUGGUGUCAUGGAUAUGAUCCUAGAAUCUCUACCGGAAUCACUAAGGAAAAAAGUUAAGAAAUGUCAACUUGCAAAAUCCAAGAAGUGCAUAGAAUGGAUUCCACAUAACUUUAAUUUUAGAUAUCUUGUAUCUAAGGAUGUUCUAAAAUAG